GGCCAACAGAUCUACAGAAAUAGAUGUAAAAUUAACUCUUUUUUAGUUAUAUAGGAUUAAUUUAUGUUUGAAAUUAUUAUUUCUUUGGAAAAUGCACUUUGUUCUAAUGGAAAUUUUAUUAAGUGAGCAAACAGCGUUAUCCUGCGUUAUUGUUUGUUGACACUCUCAGUGAAGGUUACUGUUAAAAUCUGCAAGUUAACGUUGUUUUCGCGUAUUGUUUUUAAUUUACCGCCAAGAGUUAUCAAUAAUCAUUGAAAAUGGAAAGUGCAGAGUUUGAUUGGUCUCUAUUACAAAAUUAUCUUGUAAAAAAUGCACCUCCUUCCGUCUAUUACAUUCCAAACAUCAUCACUAAAGAAGAGGAAGAAUACUUGAUAAAAUAUAUCUAUGAUGCGCCUAAACCAAAGUGGACAAAUUUAUCUAACAGAAGACUACAAGAUUAUGGAGGCAUUCCACAUAAGAACGGAUUAAUCCCAGACUCAAUUCCCGCCUGGCUUUUACCAUUCCUGGACAGAGUUUCAGACAUUGGCGUUUUUGGCAGGAAGAAAUCAACUCAACUACGCGCCAAUCAUUGUCUCAUCAAUGAAUACAAACCUGGUCAAGGAAUAAUGCCGCACUUUGAUGGUCCACUGUUCACACCAAUUAUUACAACAAUCACAUGCAAUUCACACAGUGUGCUCGAGUUUCGGAAUAAUAAUGUCGACCGCGAUAUUGUAUGCAAACUAAUUUUAGAAAGGGGUAGUCUGGUGAUAAUCACUGACGAUAUGUAUUCGAAAUAUUUACAUUCCAUCGAUGAAAUCGACACAGAUAUCAUCGAUUCGACGAUUGCAAACAUUGAGCAGUCGUCGGUUAAACUAGGAGACGUGCUUAAACGCGGCACAAGGAUUUCUUUGACCAUUCGAAAUGUUCCUAGGGUUAUAAAGACUAAUUUGUUUAAGCUAAAAAGGCGGAUAAUUUAAAUUUCUAGAUAUCGUUUAACUUUCAAUGAGACUGAGCUUUAAAAUUCGCAGUUUUGUUUGUUUUAAGCAUGAAGUAUAGAUAUACUUCAUGGUUUUAAGUUUUGCUACAUAUCAAUUGUUUGAUGUUAUUUUGGUUACCUACUAAUAAGGCGUAAUAAUAUACCAAUAGCACUAUUGGUAAAUAAUUUUA